AUGGCAAAAGUGGAGAGGUAUGGUCUGUACGCACUUGUGCUGCUUGUGCUUGUGACUGAGACUACCUUUGCAGCCCGUUCUCAUGCUGGUCAGGCCAUCCAUGCCCUCCAUGCUGCUGGUCUUGGCUCUGCUUCGCUCCGUGGCAACACCCACACCGCCGCCUUUACCACCUUUUCUCCGCCGCUCCUCCUCCCGCAAGCUGACGACCGCGAGGACGGCAGCAAUGUUCGGUCAUCGAUGGACAUCCGCUCGCCAAGCCAUCACCAUGAUCACGUGGUGAAUGCUCUCUCUCGCCACAAUGUUCUCGGUCUGGCUGAUCCCAAGCUCGAGCUGGUUCAUCGCAGCGAUGCCGCGGACCUCCAUGCCCCACACGCCCGCCAUCACGCAUCGUUUGCGCAGACGUACCAUGGCGUCGAGGUCUUCCAUGCCACCGUUCGGGCUGGGCUCAAGAUUGACGAGCCGAGUGGGCUGCCGGCUCUGGCGACUCUGACCGGCACCACCGUGCCGACCGCCCUCCUCGACGCUGCCCGCCAUCGGUCGUCGGACCCGCUCGUCCUCACUCCGCGCCUCUCGGUCCGGGCCGCCGCCCGUGCCGCUCUAAACGGCCUGGACAACGCGCCGAGCUGUGUCACCGUCCGCAAGCUCCCAAGCGCGCCGGUCAUCUACGUCCGCGGGCUGUACAACGCGCAUGGCCCGCAGCUCGACGCGUCCGCCCCGGUCCUCGCCUACGUCUUUGACGUGGUCGCCGAAUGCACCGGCCAGCGGUGGCAAGUUGCCGUCUCGGCCAGAGACGGCAGUGUGAUCGAGGCUCACGAGUCGACCACCUUUGCGCUCAACCGGUCGCUGGCCAACGUGACGGCGGACAACGUGAUCUGGCGCGAGGGUGACCCGAACACGCUCACCGGUGACCUCAACCACACCAUGUACGGGGCACGCAAGACGUACGACGUCUUCAUGUCGGCCUUUGAGAUCGACUCUUGGAACAAGAAGGGCGGGCCGAUGAACACCGUGUUUGACGACCCCAAGAUCUCGUGCCCGAACGCCAACUGGAACGGCGAGACAACCAACUACUGUCGCGGCGUGGCGUCGAUCGACACGGUUGCUCACGAGUGGGGCCACGCGUAUACCGAGGGAGGGACUGACGACGUCCACGGCCUCAUCUACAUGUGGCAGACCGGCGCGCUGAACGAGGCCUACUCGGACAUUGUCGGUCAGACCGUCGACCACCUGUUCAACCUUGACCUGCCGCAACCGUUUGGCCCGCGCGAGCUCGGCCGCUGCUCCACCUUCCAGACCUCACGCAUUGCCCGCGGGCCCAAGAUCAACGUCGUUUCGGCGACAGGCGACCCACUGCUGGAGUCGGCCGGCUUUGGCUUUUACGCCGCCGACAACGGCUCGCCCUGGACGUCGGCCGUGCUUGCCAACGCCUCGCUCACACUUGCUGCCGACGACUCGGGCGACCCGAACGACGGCUGCUCGGCGCUGACGACGAACGUCGUCGACAGCAUCGUACUUGUCAACCGUGGCUCGUGCUCGUUUGAGGACAAGGCUGCCAACGCCAUCGCUGGCGGCGCGCGCGCACUGCUCAUCGCUAACAUCCCCGGCUCGGACCUCGUUGUGCCGGCUGUCACCUCCAACUUUCCGGUGGCCAUGAUUGCGACUUCGACAGGCGACUUUCUUCGUGGCCUCGUCGGCCUCUCGUCGGCCGGCGAAACGGCGCCGACGCUCGAGCUCGAGCUCGCGCCGGCGCCGCCGACGACUGGUUCGUACCGCUGGCUGGCCGGUGCGCAAGAUCCCGCCUUUGGUGGCGCCAUCCGCGACCUGUGGGACCCGACGUGCUUUGGCCACCCGGGCAAGGUCACCGACGACGAGUACCACUGCGAUCCGUCGGACAACGGCGGUGUCCACCGCAACUCGGGUGUGGUCAACCACAUGUUUGCCAUGCUCGUCGACUCGACAUUUGGCCAGGCCUACAACGGGCACGUCAUCCCAGCUCUCGGCCUCACUGUUCCGUUCCACGUCUACUGGCGCGCCGCCUUUGCCUACCACACCCAGACGACCGACUUUAAGGCCCACGACGCCGCCCUCCGGCAGGCCUGCGCAGACCUCGUCGCCGACGGCACCCCGCUCCGCUCGCUCGUCGACGGCUCGCCCACGGCGCCGGUCACCGCUGCAGACUGCGAUGCGAUCAACGAUGCUGCUGCCGCCGUCGAGCUCACCGCCACCCCGCCUUGCAACUUUCAGCCGUACCUCGCGGCGGGCUCGCUUACCGUCUGCCCUGCCGCCACCCCGUUCUACACCGAGACGUUUGCCACCGCGCCGGCCGGAUGGACAGCUUCGGCCGAAGGCGUCUCGCCGACGUGGUCGCCGGUCAACUGGCAGUUCCGCACCGCGCUGCCGGACGGCCGGACCGGUGGCUAUUACGCCCCGGACCCGCUCGUCGGCAACUGCGUGACGACCGACCAGUCCGGAACCAUGACCCUCGUCGCGCCGCCGAUCGAGAUCCCGGCCUCGGUCGGGUCAAAGGCCAUGGUCCAGCUCGAGUUUACCCACUACGUGGCAACCGAGGCCUCGUUUGACGGCGGUGUGGUCAUGGCCUCCAUCAACGGUGCCCCGGCCGUUGCCCUGCCGGCCGACGCCUGGAUGUUCAACGGCCCGCCGACCGAGCUCAUCCGCUCGCCAGUCUCGACGAACCCGCUCGGCGGCCUGCACGCCUUCUCGGGCGUCAACGGCGGCUCGCUCUCAGGGUCGUGGGCCACCUCGACCGCAAUGCUCUCGGUGUCGAGCGGCGACGAGGUCGUUCUCUCGUGGGUCAUGUCGACCGACUGCGGCGGCGGCGUCGACGGCUGGUACAUCGACUCGGUCUCGCUCGUUGCAUGCGCCGCCGAGUGUGGCGAUAACGUCUGCACCCGGGAGGCCGGCGAGUCAUGCUUCACUUGCCCGGCAGACUGCGAAUGUGAGUGUGGCUUUGCGUAUGAGCCAGUCCUCCCGGGCAUGCUCCCGCACUCGCCGCUGGCUGCCGCGUCGGCCAUGCCCGGAAACCCGGCGCUGGCCUGCUCGCAGGCCGGCGUCGCCGGCCAGUGCCCUGAAGACUGCUGCGGCGACGGCGUGUGCUCGCCAGGCGAGUCGUGCGAGGUUGACUGUUGCGCCUACCUGCCCGACUGCUCGUUUGAGCAGGCCGGCUGGUACCUCGAGUCGACCGGGCCUAUCAGCGACGUUGUCGUCCGCCUCGGCUCGAGCGUCUGCGCCGCCGGCGCUUCGUGUCUCGCCUUCCAGGGUAAGCUCGACCCGUCGGGUUUGUACAUUCUGGAGGCCUCGACCGCCGCGUCUGCGCUGUUCACUGUCCCCACCGCCCCGCGCACCCUCCGCCUCCAGCUGCAGGCCUACGCGCUCUGUGGCGGAACGCCGCCGUCGAUCCAGGUCUGGCUCAACCACGAGGUACUGGUCUUUGACUCGGCGACCUCUCCCAUGCCGUGCCACGCCACCGUCGAUGCCGCCAACUUUGCGUCCUACAACGUCACCCUCUCCGGCAACGACCUCACAGCCGCCCUUGUCGCCGGCUCGCGCAACACCAUCACCAUCAACGGCACCGUCGUUGAGGACAUUGUCAUCGUCGACGCCAUCAAGGUCGACUUUGACACUGCACCCGACACUCCGGGCGCCACCCCGACCGGCCUGAUCGCCACCGUCGUCGUCCUCUCCAUCGUCGUCGUCGUCUUUGUCGGCCUCAUCGCCGGCUACUUUUGGCGCAUGCGCCAGAUGCAGCGUGGUGGCUCUAUGGGUGGUGGCUUUGAGAUGCUGGGCUAG